UUAGUACGGACAGACCGGACGAAAGUUGAUAGCGGUGUUUAUUCACUAUACAAAGGUGACAUACAUUGGUUCGUCAAGCAUACGUCGCUCAACGUGAGCGUAACGCACAUUCGUCUACUGGCUCUAGUCUGUACCAAUUCACAGGGGAAGUGAUUUCGUGAAUCUACACGUCCGUUCAAGCUACCUGUACAACGAUAGCACAAGGAGAACAAGUCAUGGGUCUUCCAAGAAUACCAGAUUGUUCGGCAGACAAUCAUCAGAAGAAGAGAUACAAAAAGCAAAUUAACGGAAAUGGCAUUCGCAGAGGUGGUAAGAACGACCAACGUACCAUAGCUAACGUACGGGAAAGACAACGAACACAAGCACUCAACGAUGCAUUUCACAAGCUACGAAAGAUAAUUCCUACUUUGCCAUCAGAUAAACUCUCAAAGAUUCAAACACUACGUCUUGCGGCACGAUACAUCGAUUUCUUGUGUCAAGUCCUUGGGAACAACGAGAAGCACCCAGGCUCAGCGCUGAGUUCAUCGUUUAUCGCUCAUGAGAGGCUUUCUUAUGCAUUCAGUGUAUGGAGAAUGGAAGGAGCCUGGUUUAAACAACAAUAAAUGAACAUUUACAGGAGAAUAAUACGCGCGUUCUGUGUUGACGUGCUUGGACUAUUUUGCUCCCUGUUGAGUUGCCCGUCUGUUUCGUUUUUGCUUCACAGCAGUUGGAUCUCCAAAGUCAUGAGAUUAUGAACUACUAAAUCUCUGUAGAAAAMAACUACAAUGACACUCAUUGACUUUGGUUGCACACUACUCAAAGUGCCAGUCUGAUAUGUAUGUACUUCUCAUUUGGCACUUCUGCAUGAAGACUUAUGGACGAUUGUAAACUUAAGGGCAUCCUUACGUCAUCUGUUUCGUCUCUCUAUUUUGUUCAAUAAGCUGUACAAACAAUCACUUGAAGUUAUCUAAUUGAUCUAAUCGACAAGUCCUUGUGAAACCACGCCAAACAAAUCAAUGCUUUACACAAUAUAUCCAGCAAAGUUAAACAGUUCGUUCAACUGUAACUACUCAUAGCACUAGCAUGUUUGCAUUGCUCAUUGUACACCUUUAAUUUGUACAAAUUUAUGUACUUAUUGUUGGCUCUGUAAGAGUCCAAACUCGUUCGUAUUCAUUGUAAAUACAAAACGUAAUCAUUUAAAUGAUAUUACUUGCAGCGUACUGCUAGAAAACAGUUCAUUAAAGAAGUUCAUUUUAUUUUCAGAUAACUUGUAAUCAGAUAAUUAUCAAUAAAAAUGUUUGUCCUUU